GUGCCGUCCAUGAUUAUUGAUUAACUGUCGGGCGAAUAUUCCUGGAACGACCGACUACUCACUCUCCGAAGUUCGCCGCCUCUCGUGGGAUCCGUAAAACGUCGUGAUCGGCAAUGAAAAUGAGAAGUCCCCCACCAACAGGUGCGGUCGACUUUUCGGUCAACGCCAUCGGGGCCGACAUACGGAUUGACGGUCGCAGAUUCGUAGACUCGAUUGGAAGAACCCUUAUCCUGCACGGUCUCAAUGUUAGCAGCAUGAGCAAGCUUCCAACGACUCCGAACGGCUUGUCACACUUGCCGGAGGGCUUCGUUUCAGAUGAUCGCACCGUGACCUUCAUUGGCAGGCCAUUUCCACUGGAAGAGGCUCCGCUACGGUUGCGCCAGCUUAGGGCAUGGGGAUACCCGCUGAUCCGUCUCAUGGUCACAUGGGAGAGUAUUUCCCACAAGGGUCCACGAAUCGAAGAUAUUGACCGAGAAUACGUUGAAUACUUGCGACAACUCAUGCAGCUCAUUGGCGACCACGGCAUGAAAGCGUUCAUCUGUGCCCAUCAAGAUGUCUGGAGUCGGUAUACAGGAGGUAGUGGCGCCCCUGGCUGGACACUGGACGCCGUCGGUUUGAACCGCUUCAACUUUAAAGAUUGCGGGGCAGCCUAUAUUCAUAGUCUUGACAACUCUUCAUCACCAAAGGAACCAAGUGGACCAUUUCUUUGGCCUUCCGGCUACCAAAAGCUCGCUGCAGGAACGAUGGCCACGCUAUUCUGGGGAGGAGACGUUUUCGCUCCGAACACCAAAUGCCAACUACCCGAAGAAGAGAUCGCGGGGGGGCAAUUUAAGGACCCUACCACACGCAGUGUUCAGCAGUUCUUGCAGAACGCAUACAUAGAGGCGUACGGCUACCUCGCGGACGUCGUAGGAAAUAUGGAGGGGUGUCUUGGCUUUGACCUCAUGAACGAACCGCACAGAGGAUUCAUCAAUCUUCAUUCAUUCCACAAGUGGGACUAUCAAACCGAUCUACAUAUUGGCCAUUACCCAUCCCUACUUCAGUCGCUCGCCCUCGGAAGUGGCCACGCUACCGACGUGCCCUUUUAUGUGAAAUCAUGGCCGUGGCCCACAUACAAGUCUCAUACCAGUCACAUCGAUCCAAAGGGCAAGACGGUCUGGAAGAAGACCGACGAGAGCAAGGGUGACUGCAUUUGGCGUUCGCACGGCGUGUGGGACUGGGACGAGAAGAACAAGAAACCUGUGGUCCUGUGGGAGAACUACUUUUCCUCGGACAACCGACCGGGCAAAGGCGGGCGUCCAGUCGAGUGGUACCGUGACUUUUAUGCGCCGUUCUGCAAGAAAUUCAGUGAGCGGCUCCUGCGCAAGUGCCCAGGCAAGCUGAUCCUGGUCGAACAGAUCCCGAACGAGUUCAUGCCCGUCUGGCCAGACGCCGAUGUUCUUUCCAACAAAAAAGACAGGGCCGAGCUAGAAGAAGCUGCGCGAAGGCAAAACUAUGCAGUCAAGGGUCUGAUCGACACAGAACGGCCGAAGAACUUUGUGUAUGCACCCCACUUCUACGACCUCAACGUGCUUUUCGGCAAGGUUUGGCGCUCGUUUUCCGUAGAUGUGCAAGGGCUCAGCCGGGGCAUGUUCUUCAUGAAAGCUCUCUACUGGGGCGAACAAGGCGCGCGACAGAAUUACCUGCAUCAGCUGACCACGCAAGCCAAGUGGGGGCGCGUCUCGAUGGGAGAGGUCCCGAUGCUAGUUGGGGAGAUCGGAUUGCCUUUUGACAUCAACGACGCGCAUGCGUACCGUACUGGCGAUUACCGCAAACACGCCGAACUGGUAGACGGCAUGCUCUCCGCACUAGAGAAGAACUGGCAGAGCUUUACAUGGUGGAACUUCAACCCCGACUGCAUCUUUGAAUAUGGCGACGGGUGGAAUAAGGAAGAUUUCAGCGUCAUUGCGCUCGACCUGCCUUCGAGAGAUAGAGCCAAUGUGAAGGGCGACCACGAUGAGCUGUAUAGGGGUGGUCGCGUGCUGGAAGCGCUGAUUCGUCCUUAUGCGGCCAAAGUAGCUGGACUGCCGGUUUCCACGCACUGGGACCGGCACAACUGGGAGUUUACAUUAGCUUGGAGCAACUCUUCGACUGUGCCGUUAGACAAGGCGGACAAGCUGUCGCGCAUGACAGAGAUCUUCUGGCCCACGUACCUGUUCGAGGGAGAAAGGCUCGAAGUGCAGCUCAGCGACGGGACGUGGCGUAUUGAUGAGAAUGUGCAAACCCUGUACGUGGAGCACGCCGACGAGUCAAUAGGGCGCGUGCAUAAGCUACGCGUCCGAGUGCCAGCACGCGCGCGCAGGGUACCCAAAAGCAUGCAGAUCGGGGAGCAGGACCGACUCGUGCUCGGUGCGGUUGCUUUUCUGUUCGUUGCGCUGCUCGUCGGGUUCGAUGGCGCUGUGACGAGAGCGCUGCUCGCUCGUGCGUAAGCGAUUACUCAGGCGCGGAAGAGGCCCUGCGCAAGCUAUGCACCGUGCCAUUCGUGCGAGGAUCGUGCUCGCGUCGCGUAAUGCCCUGCUGAACCCAUAUUUGGUGGAAAGUGGCCCGUGUUGUUUGCCCAGGGAGCACGUUGAUGAGCUUUUAAUAGAAAUAGAACGAGGAUCUCUCCUUUAACCUGAUCCCUUCUCACGCGCAAUAGAAUGCGACCCU